AUAAUAAUAUCAGGUAUUGAUGUAACUGGAUUGAAUAAGGGAACCUUCUUCCUGAGCACAGACAUUGGAGCCUGUUAUCAGCAUGAACUCCUAUGUGUUAGUUCUGGACAUUGUUGCCAUUUUCGGGAAGAAAAUACUACACUUUUGUUCAACGUCUUGAGGUUACAUUUCUGUACAUUGCGAUCUUCUGGAAUUCAUCAAAGAAAAUACUCUUGCUGUUAGAUUGUAAAAGAAGAAGAAGAAGUAUGGCAUUGUGCAUAGUGAAAGAGUGUCCAAAUUCCCCAAAAAAAAUGUGGAUGUUGAAUUCUGUAUCUCUCCAUUGUUUCCCACGUACUGUGGAUGAAGUUCGUAAUUGGUUAACUGCGACACGGCAGUACAGUGAUACUUUGGAUGAGAUGGUUAAUAGAGUCCUAGAAACCAACAAAUCAUCUCGCUACCGGAUGACUUCUGAAAAUUUUUAUGCCCAGGGUCUAAAGAUGUAUCGUCAAAGAGGUUCUGUGCCAACCAUCUUUGGAAGCCAAUUCGCACGGAAAAUCAAAUGCAUUGAAGCUGAAUCUUCAUUGCCGUCAAAUUCAAAAGCUAAACAAAACAUUGUGGUUUCCUUGGACAAUGGUCAAGUGGUUGAGCAUGUAAUUGACAGUGUUGUCAAUACUGAUGAACAGCAUUCAAUUUCAUUUUCACAACCAGUUAAGUGUCACACAUGUGGGCAUCACUUCAACAAACAGUUUACAGAUGUUGUAACUGCUACGGAUUACAACAGAUUCGAAAAGGAAACACAGUUCCAAAGGUUUUAUUGUACAUCCUCAUGUAGAUCACAAACGGAUAAAAUGCUUUGUAAGACACAUAAUUUUACGUCAACUAGGGAUUUAUGUCCACCAAAAGAUGCAUAUACAUGGACAAUGGGUAAUAUCCAAAUGUCUGUUGACAAAUCAAUACAGACUGACAAUGUUGCAUUUUCGGGAUUAUUGGAAAGUACAGUAUUAGUUCAAAAUACUGAAGAAAAUCUUUCCACAGUUGUGGAUAAUAUGUCACCUAUUUACCCAUCUUCUCCAGGUGAGUUUGAUGACAUUGACAACGGUAUGGUUGAGAGUGCACUUUCAACCAGCUAUCUACAUAACUCCAUUCUCCAUGAUCCAAACUAUACUCCGGAAAACUCCAUGUUAACAGAUGAAGACUUCAGCUUUCAUUACGAACCAACACUUGAAGAACUGGUCAAAGACCAAAAGUAUGUAGUAUUUGAGACAAAUAUUGAUUACCUUUUAAAAUUUGUGCCGCGUAGUAUACCCAUGUGUAACGCUCCGGUUAUCUCGAAAACAAAGACAACAUUGGGAAGCAUAUUGGUUGGAGAAGGUGAAUGUCUGGAUGGUCAUAACACCGUCUUAUGGAAGAGCCAACCAACCAUUGGUAAAAAUCCUGUUGGGAACUUACUUUUUUGUGCAUCAAUACUGUUUAGCGGGAACCAUUUUGAAAAAAUUAACUAAUUCAGUGAAUACUUUGGUUUACAAACAAUUAGUAAACAGACUUACUAUAAUAUUCAAAGUAAAUACCUGUUCCCGACCAUACAUCACCAUUGGAUACAAGAUCGUACUCAAAACAUCAAUAACAUUAAAGACCGUGGUGUCACAUUAUGCGGAGAUGGGCAAUGUGAUAGAAUUAUGACCAAUAUUUUAGCGGAAAAUUUGGCAAUUUUACAAAUAGCUACUGACAGACACGUCAGCAUUCAAAAAUUUUUGCGUGAGGAAUAUCCAGAUAUUGAACAGCAGUUUGAUAUCUGGCAUUACGGUAAAAGUAUCCGUAAAAAACUAAAUGCCAUCAGCCGUAAAAGACAUUGUCGUAUUCUUGCACCAGGGAUUCCGGCUAUUGUCAAUCACCUGUGGACCGCAAGUUUUAUGUGCAAAGGUGAUGCACAAUUAAUGAAGGAUAUAUGGCGAUCACUUUUGUAUCAUUGUUGCAAUAUCUAUUCUUGGGCUACCGCUUCGUUCAUCAAAGAAUGUGGGCACGAGCUUAUGAAUGUAGAGGAAGAAAGAGAGCGAACAUGGUUGGAUCCUGAGAGCAUUGUUUUUGAAAGAUUACAGCAGAUUGUGUGUGAUCCACGCAUGGACAACGAUUUCAAAAGUUUGGCUCAUUUCUGCCACACAGGAGCAAUAGAGGUGUUUCAUAGCCUGGUCCUCAAAUACAGACCCAAAAGAGUACAUUUUAAAAUGGACGCAAUGGAGGCCAGGACUAAAUUAGCUGCUCUUGCGCACAACCAUAACACUGAUCGUAUCCAGGAACGCAUUCGCAAGCAAUCUAAAAAGAGUGGUCUAUUGGGUGAACUGAAAUUUCGACCUGUGUUCCCAAAAAGUAAAAAUGAGUGGCAGAUACGUCCAAUCUAUGAAACAAUGAAAAUGGAUCACAUUUACCCAAUGCUGGCAGAUGUACUACACCUUGCAGCUGGUGAUUUGGAGAACUCAUGGGAAUCAAGAAAUCCUUCUCUACCAUGUAACAUUGCUUCCGCACCGCGACCAAGUAAAGCUACACUGCUGUCCACUAAAAAAUCACGCCACUUAUUGAAAUUAUAAGAAUAAUUAUGUAUUAUAUUCUUGUUCAAUUAGAAGCAGAAUAUUGUACUUCAAUUUGUUCAUGUUCAAUUAUUUAAAAUUAAAUUACAAAAUAUACAUUUCCAUCUUUCAUCAAUAGAGUUUAUUUUACAAUUUUGUAAAUUUUUGGUUUUGUGGUGAAUAAAAACUUUUUUUUUUUUA